AUGCAGGAGGGCGAGGCCGGCUGCGCCGUCGCGUUCGCCGAAGCCCAGAGAUGGGUAGAGGCAGUGACAGAGAAGAACUUUGAAACACAGGAUUUUCGAGCCUCUCUAGAGAAUGGUGUUCUGUUGUGUGAUUUGAUUAAUAAGCUUAAACCUGGUGUCAUAAAGAAGAUCAAUAGACUGUCCACACCAAUAGCAGGUUUGGAUAAUAUAAACGUUUUUUUGAAAGCUUGUGAACAGAUUGGAUUGAAAGAAGCCCAGCUUUUCCAUCCUGGGGAUCUACAGGACUUAUCGAAUCGAGUCACUGUCAAGCAAGAAGAGACCGAUAGGAGAGUGAAAAAUGUUUUGAUAACAUUGUACUGGCUGGGAAGAAAAGCACAAAGUAACCCCUACUAUAAUGGUCCAUAUCUUAAUUUGAAAGCAUUUGAGAAUCUUUUGGGACAAGCUCUGACCAAGGCACUUGAAGACUCCAGCUGUCUGAAACGAAGUGGCAGGGACAGUGGGUACGGAGAUAUCUGGUGUGCUGACCGGGGAGAGUUCCCUGUGCCCCCAGGCAGCCAUAGGAGAGAAGAUUCGUUUGAAAGCUUGGACUCUCUGGGCUCUAGGUCCUUCACAAGCUGCUCCUCUGAUAUCACGCUGAGGGGUGGGCGUGAAGGUUGCGAAAGCGACACAGAUUCUGAAUUUACCUUCAAAAUGCAGGAAUAUAAUAAAGAUGAUAUGUCCUAUCGGAGGAUUUCGGCCAUUGAACCAAAAUCUGCUCUACCGUUCAAUCGUUUCUUACCCAACAAGAGCAGACAGCCGUCCUAUGUGCCGGCGCCCUUGAGGAAGAAGAAGCCGGACCGGAAUGAGGAUAACAGAAGGAGCUGGGCCAGCCCGGUGGGCUCAGAAGCCGAUGGGACGUUUCCAAGACUCUUUCAAAAGAUUUAUGGUGAAAAUGGGAGCAAGUCCAUGAGCGAUGUCAGCGCCGAGGAUGUUCAGAACCUGCGUCAGCUGCGUUACGAGGAGAUGCAGAAAAUGAAAUCCCAGCUAAAAGAGCAGGAUCAGAAAUGGCAGGAUGACCUUGCAAAAUGGAAAGACCGUCGAAAAAGCUACACUUCAGACUUGCAGAAGAAAAAAGAAGAGAGAGAAGAAAUUGAAAAGCAGGCGCUGGAGAAAUCUGAGAAAAGCUCUAAGACAUUUAAGGAAAUGCUGCAGGACAGGGAAUCCCGAAAUCAGACGUCUACAGUUACAUCGAGGAGCAGAAUAUAUUCUUCUGAUGAUGCAUUGAAUGAAGACAGGCUUCCCCUGACACUAACAAUGUCAGAAGCAAGUCAUCAGGGGGAGAGAGUAGAAGAGAAAGGAAUAACGUACCCUACAGAAAUCCCUAAACAAGAUUCUACAACUGUGGUGAAAAGAGAGGACCCCCUACCUGCUGUAAUUCAGCUUCCCUCUAAAAGCCCCACGGAAGAACAACGCCCGGCCCCUUUGUCUGCCCAGCGUUCACUGACUACACAAAUGGAGUCGACUCGAGUUUCAGCUUCUCUCCCCAGAAGUUACCAGAAAACUGAUACAGCUAGGUUGACAUCUGUGGUCACACCGAGACCUUUUGGCUCUCACUCAAGGGGAAUCUCAUCGCUCCCGAGAUCCUACACGAUGGAUGACGUUUGGAAGUAUAAUGGAGAUGUAGAAGGCGUUAAGAGAACUCAGUACAGCUCGGUCAGCACCUCUAUGCAAAAGUCUGACCCAAGCCAGCUGGCUUCCAGCUCCUUCAGUGAAAGAGAGGCAGUGACAUCGGGAGAGGGUGUGAUGAAGUUGCCCUCUCCUACACCCCCCUUCUCGUCUCUCUCCCAGGACUGGGCUGCCACUUCUAAUGCUACCUGGUCUUCAGUAUCUGGCCCCAAUUCAAUGCCUGAACUUGGAGAAGGGAGAAGCUCACCACAGACAGAGGUGUCAUCAUCAAAGGAUCAGUUCAGUGAUAUGAGAAUCAGCAUAAACCAGACGCCUGGGAACGGCCUUGACUUUGGGUUUACAGUAAAAUGGGAUAUUUCCGGGAUCUUCGUAGCAUCAGUGGAAGCAGGUAGCCCAGCAGAAUUUUCUCAGCUACAGGUAGAUGAUGAAAUUAUUGCCAUCAACAAUACCAAGUUUUCAUAUAAAGACACUAAAGAGUGGGAAGAAGCCAUGGCUAAUGCUCAAGAAACUGGAAACCUAGUAAUGGAUAUCAGGCGCUAUGGAAAGUCUGGUUCACCUGAAACAAAGUGGAUUGAUGCAACUUCUGGAAUUUACAACUCAGACAGAUCUUCAAAUCUAUCAAUAAUGACUGAUUUCUCAGAAAGCCUUCAGAAUUCUACUACCGAGUCCAAGGAAAUCAAUGGGAUUCGUGAUGAAAGCAGUACUUUUGAGUUAAAAGCAUCUGAACCUAUUUCUUUGAAAAACUUAAAAAGGCGAUCACAAUUUUUUGAACAAGGAAGCUCCGAUUCUGUGGUUCCUGAUCUUCCAGUUCCAACUAUCAGUGCCCCGAGUCGCUGGGCGUGGGAUCAAGAGGAGGAGCGAAAGCGGCAGGAGAGGUGGCAGAAGGAGCAGGACCGCCUGCUGCAGGAAAAAUACCAACGUGAGCAGGAGAAACUAAGGGAAGAGUGGCAAAGAGCUCAGCAGGAGGCUGAGAGAGAGAAUUACAAGUUCUUGAAUGAGGAGCUGAUGGUCCUGAACUCAAACAUCGCAGCUCUGACCACACGGGAGCCCUCUGUUGCCACCUUGGAAGCCACCUGGAAUGAAGGGUCCAAGUCUUCUGACAGGGAAGGAACCCGAGCAGGAGAAGAGGAGAGGAGACAGUGGCAUGAGGAAGGUAUGACUGAGGACCAAAGGAAGAAGCUUCAGGAACAACUUACUAUUGAGAAAGAGAGGGAACUGAAGGAGCAACAAUAUCAGGAAGAGCAGGAGGAGAUGCGGCGUCAGGCCGAGGCUGAGGAGCAGAAGAAGCGCUACGCAGAAGAACAGAUGCGCCAGGCAGAGGAGCAGAAGCGCCAGGCGGAGGAGCAGAGGCGCCAGGCAGAGGAGCAGAGGCGCCAGGCGGAGGAGAAGAAGCGUCACACAGAAGAACAGAAGCACCAGACAGAAAGAGAGAAGGAAACGAUAGUCAGAAUAUACCAGUAUAGAAGGCCUGUUGAUUCCUAUGAUACACUGAAGGGAGAGGAAGAAUCUUCAGGUUUGCUUCCUAGUGACAGGAAUAAAUCCAGAUCCACUACUGAGCUGGAUGAUUUCUCCACAAAUAAAAAUGGAAGCCAUAAAUAUUUAGACCGAGUUGGGAACGGUAGCUCAUCACAGAGGAGCGCCAAGAAGGAACAAGGUCCAUCAGGAGCAGAGUUGGAGAGGCAACAGAUCCUUCAAGAAAUGAGGAAGAGGACAUCCCUUCACACUGACAGCAGCUGGAUCCGUCAGCGCAGUUCCAGCAUCAAUAAAGAGCCCAUUUGUCUGCCUGGGAUUAUGAGAAGAGGCGAAUCUCUAGAUAACCUGGAGUCCCCAAGGUCCAGUUCGUGGAGACAGUCCCCAUGGCUCAGUCAGUCCACAGCGGUCUACGCUUCGUCCUCCGUCCAAGACUUCAGCCGCCCACCCCCGCAGCUGGUGUCCACGUCCAACCGUGCCUACAUGCGGAACCCGUCCUCCAGCAUGUCCCCUCCUGCAGCGGGUUCCGUGAAGACCAGCCCCGCACCGUCCCCCACUCCACGCAGCCAUUUCCCUUCCGCUCCACCAUCCCAGCCACGCAACAGGUCAGUCAGUGGGAAGCGCAUGUGCUCCUACUGCAAUAACAUUCUGGGCAAAGGAGCUGCCAUGAUCAUCGAGUCCCUGGGUCUUUGUUAUCAUUUAUGUUGUUUUAAGUGUGUUGCCUGUGAGUGUGACCUCGGAGGCUCUUCCUCAGGAGCUGAAGUCAGAAUCCGAAACAACCAACUGUACUGCAACAACUGCUAUCUCCGACUCAAAUCUGGACGGCCAACCGCCAUGUGA